CAUUGCUGGGAAAAGAUCCCAAUUUUUGCAGAGUCUUUUGUCAAAGUGCUCUCCCACCUUGGAUGUCCCGAUAUGGAUUCAGGACUAGGGAGUUCUUCGGUUGAAGAUGUGGCCGCGGUCGAAGCUCCUGCCGUGGUCGUUUUGGAACAGACUGGUCAGCAGCAACAAGAGCAGCAGCAAGUGCCAGACUGCUGUCAGAUGGCGAUGGCGGAGGGUGGUGAUUGCGCGAAAUGCGGCGAGCCGCGCUCGUUGAACGAAGGGCUGGUGGAGGAACUGAAUCUGGUAUUCGAGCGACGUCUUCGGAUUGUCGAGCAGCACGGGAACGACAUGAAUUACAAGAUUGCCCUGUACGAAGACUGGGUCAAACAGCUGAGGCUGGUCAAUUUGGAUUUGGUGGGAGCGAUAAAAGAAAUGCAGGAUACCUGCAGCGAUCGUUUGGAAUUGAUGAGGGCCAACUAUAAGAAAAAUUUGGCUCGUUUUGGACCAGAGACAUUGCGGCGGUUAGAAUGCGAUAAAGAUAGCCUGUUAGAGGUGAUACGGCGAGCGUCCGCCACUGGAAAGUGGGAUAUGAAUGGUAUAAAGCUCUGCGAUAUUAGUUUGGAUCAACUUUUCGGUAAGAAUAAUGACAUCAGAGGCGAAGCUCCUGCCGCGGGACCUACCAUCUCGGUGAAUUUGGAAGUUUCAUCCAACUGUCAACUAGAAAACACCAAAGUGGAAGAGUUGCUACAAGAGCUGGAAGCUAAGGAAAGACAAAUCAAACACUUGGAGUAUUUACUAAAGCAGCAAUUACCUGUGAUUCAUGGUAGUCCCAAUGAUACGGAAUCCGACUUCCGUCCUGAGGACUGUGAUACUAUUAACGAACCCCUAAUGAAUCAACUGAGGCAGCUUAUCAAUAGAAAGAAUCAAGAGUUGCAACAACAAUCCGCUCAAAUACACGAGCUUUGCACAGAACUUACAAGUCUUAAAAGUAAAAUAGAGGAAAACGAUCUGUCUUCACAGUUCGACUCGGACCUGUCACAAUCGUUGGCCGAGUUUAAAAUCGAAGAUUCGGAUGCAUCGAAUAGGAAACUGUUGCAGCAGCUGCAAAAUUUGUCCCGCUUUAAAUCGGAACAGCUAGAAGCCGUCAAUCGGGAGAACGAGGAACUUCGAAAGGACGUCAAAUCCCUGCAAGCCAAGGUGUCCAAACAGGUAAGUGAUGUUCGUUUUGCGAUUGUCCUCCCAAAAAGUGUUUGUUCAUUUCUACAAUCCAAACAAUCACCCGAAUGUGCAACGUGUGCAACGCAGUCAAAUCGCGAUAACGAGUCACUGAUCAAUGAAAUCAAUGAUCAUCACGACAAAAACUGUCGACUGGAGAAGCAGCUUCGUGACGUUGAGCUGCUGCUACGGGAGGCCAAUUUGGCCGUAGCCCAUCGGCAGAAAGUGAUCGACACCCUGCGGCGGGAUAAAGUCGGACUGAAAAAGUCCCUCGCGUUGGCAGCGGUAACGGGACCGGCCUCCAUACUGCACAAAUCCGUAUCGAAUCCCAGCUUCGAUACCGCUUCGAUAUGCUCGUCCGAAUCGACUAUCUCGUUCAGCAGUGUCAACUCCGAUUCGUCUUCUGGAACGGUAAAGGCGCUAAAAUCUGGCCUAGGUAGCGAGCAGGAAGCAGAACAAAUUCAGCGCCUCAAAUGUGAACUGGCCACCAUGAGCGAACAGUUGCAACUGUUUCAGCAGACCAAACAUGCCCAAGACGAUAUCAUUGCCGAGCAGUGUACCCGGCUGGAUGCCAGCGAAGCCGAACUGAAAAUUUUGCGUAACGACUAUGAAAACAACGAAAGGAAGCUGUUUUACAUUCGAGCAGAAAUGAUGAGACUGAUUGAGGAAAUCGUCAAACAUUUGAAGGGGCACCUAAAGCUACCGUCCACUGUUCAAAGCAUAGAGGCAUUUGUGUCCCAACCAGUAAUUGGGAAUAAUUCGACCGAAGAAGAGUGUGGUAAGGAUGCAGCUAUUCUUGAACGCCUGAAACAAUACUUGGAUGCUAUUGUGAAAAGCUACAUUGUAGUGACGAAGGAGCGUAAUGAUUUAUGUAAAAUGGUGGAUUUAAUGCAAGAGCAAAUCAAUGCUUUGCAACGAGAAAAAGAGCAGCGCGAAUGUCUCAUUGAUCAGCUUCAAGAUUCUCGGCAUGCGACGGAAAGGCAGCCAUCGGUCGAAACCAAGGAGAAAGAAACUUCAAUAGAUUCCGACAUCAUGCCUGUACCGGUAGACACCAGAGAAACACUUGCCGCCCAGCGGAUGCGAGUGCAGACAGUUCUGCAUGAUAUGGCAAUGGAAAUCGCCUGCCUGAUAGGAAAGAAUUUGUCAAGCGAUACCCUAAGCUCGUUUUCGGAGCUGGACGCAACCCCGUUGCACUGUUUGAUAACGGAUUUGAAGAAGGAGAUCGAAUCCAAGGAUCAGGUUCUGAUCGAUCGGCGAGGCUACAUCGAACAGUUGGAGCAGGAAGUUUUGGUAUUAGAAAAAGAGCUGCAUCGGCUCAAGUUGCGGCAAACAUCCGUCGACAAUGACCGGCUGAGUAAUGAGAAGAGGAUUGCAAAUUUGCAACGGGCACUACAAGAUCAUGAUGGAGCGAUUGCCUCGCUCAAGCAGUACAACCUCGAUCUCCAGCAACAUCUGGAAGAUAUGAAAGACACUCUGCAAACAUACAAAGAAAGCAUUCGACGUCUGGGCGACGAGAAGGCAAACAUGGAGGACGAGUGCAAAAAUCAACUGAUAACCAUCUCCAACUUGCGUACCGCACUGGAGGAAACCAAACGCAAUGGCAGCUCUUCCGUAACCAACUUGCAGGAGGUGAUUGAAUCGUUACAAUCCGAGGUUGCACUUCUUGGUGAACAGUUGAAUCAGGCGUUUCGAGAAAACCUCAGCAAGGACAACGAGUUAGACCAUUACCGCGACUCGAACUUGCAUUUGCGUUGCCAAAUAACGGACCUAACGCGGGAUCUGCACGAGUUGAAGGAUAUCUCCACGGUGGUCGACGUGAGACGGGAGCUCGAAGAGCAGAAGCACCGGCACCUCACGCUGAUGAAGAAUGAAAUGAACGGGCUGCAGUCCCAGAUGGCAGAACUGAAAAACGAGAUCGAUUCACGACAGCGGGAUUGUGGCUAUUUGACCUAUUUCCGGGACAAGUGUGCAGAAUUGGAAAUGGAACACCAACAGGAACUGCAACGGAUGCGGAGUGAUAUCGAAGCGUUGAGUACGCAGCUGGUCGAUAGCAAGGAGACGAACAUUCAACAUGAUCAAUUGUUGCGGGAAUCGAAUGCUUUGCAAAAUACGAUUCUCGAGCUGAGCAAUCAUAAUGAAAUUCUCCAGAAGGCUAUUCAGACCUACCAUGAAGAAGUGGAACAGUUGCAGCAGGAACUUAGCGCAACGAAAUUUCAGUUCACAAACCUCAACCAAGAGUUGGAAAAUCAGAAAGCAUUGUGUAGUGAGAAAGAUAGUAAAAUUAUAAGUAUAAAUGCAGAGCGGGAAAAGUUGCUCGGAGAUUUGAAUCUGCAUAAACGGAUGUGUAAAUGUGGAUUUAAUACUAAUCUUAAAGAAAGGUCGAAGACACCGGUAUCUCAUUCCCUGCAGAAACAGGUUGUUCAGAAAACAUUGGAGGCUACGAAGGCUGCCGAUGCGCUGAAACAACGAACGACGGAUUUUAAAAAGCUGGAAAAUCAGUACGUUGAGGAAAGGAUACGAUUAACCGAGCAGACGACGGAGUUGUUUACCCAGAUUGGCAAACUGAAGGGCAAAAACUCAAACCUGGAGCAGAGCCUGUUUCACAAGGAAGAGCUGAUCGACCGUUUGAGGCAAAAUUUGCAGGACGUAAGUGAGCGACUAGUGGCCAAAUCUGAAAUUGCACAAACGACGGAAGCCAAAAAUGCAAGUUUGUCACAAGCUUGGGAAAAGUUCCGAGAAGACUCCACUGCCCGGGAGAAGAAACUUUCCGAGGAACUGAGCAGCAUCAAACGGAACUCGCAGAACCAGAGAAACCAACUGCAACAGUGCGAAAAUCAGCUGUCGUGGCAUCGGGAAGAGUUGGACAAACUUCGAGGGAAGGCGGAAACUUUACUCAAAGAGAGAGACUCCUUGAGGCAAGACGCAGAAGAUCUCGGUAGUAAGCUUUCGUGUUUUGCCGGAAAGGAAAGUGCGCUGUGUGAGGUUUUGAAGCAACUUCAGGGUGACUUAUCACUUAAAACGGGACGAUUGGCGGAAGUGGAAGACAACUAUCGCAAACUCAGUCAGGCGUAUCAAAAUCUUAAAGGUUUCAACGAAGAUCUUACCAAGCAGUACCAGGCGGCGCGGAAUCAUUUAGAAAACUACAAACAGUUGGUAGAAUUCAAACGUCAAACCAUCCACACGGUAGAGCUGGCCCGUAAAUGUGCCGAAGAAUCGCGUCAACGGGAACGGGUCUACGAGCAAAAGGUGACAGAUCAGAAGCGAAUCAUCACCCACCUGCAGGAGGAUCGGGUAAAGCUGAUGGAAAAGAUGCAAGACUACCAUCGGGAUUCGUUGAUUCUGAACCGGAGAUUGGAAGACUACCAACAGGCGUACGACGACGGUCGGAGACAUUUGAGCACUUCUCUGCAUCGGACGUUCUAUCCGUCGGAGGCGAACAAAUUGGUUCGGUCGAGCAGUGAUCCAAAUUGUAAGGAGAGUGAUGAGCUGCUGCGAAGGCUGCAGUACACCAAGGAUCGGAUACACCGGACGAGGGAGUUCUGGUACCGAGGGAUCAAAGAGAUCUUGCCACCAGGAGAACGGCCGCAAAUGUAGAUUAGGGUUUUUCGAUAAGUACUACAUAGGGACCGAACAUACGCGCAUUUGCAUAGGCUAGUUGAGAUCGAUUUUUCGAUAAAUUUCCGUACAAUUUGUAUUAUAUUUUGAUAUGUUAGUUAUUCCGUAUUUUAUACUGCAACAAAACUGUUUUUAUAGA